ACACUCGCAAAAAGGCACCAAUGGGAGAUGCAGGGGGCGGUCCUUCGUGCGCGUUAGCUGGCUAACUAGCGUUUCGUUAAACGUACAGAAAAAAUGGAUGGAUGCUUAAUUGUCGAGUUUGUUAGAAUUUGCAGCCUUGGUGUUGGGGUUCUCUUGUCUUUAUUGUGAAGCGGUUGGUUGAGAAAAUCCCAAGUGUCUCUUAUGUUCAGCUGAAAUAACCGGACAGGGUGAACGGUGUCUGUGGGCUGACUCCUCCUGCGGGUGCCUUCCUUUAGCUGGCUCGCUAAAUGGCUGAUACUGCAGAAGUGGCUGGCAGUUAGCUGCCUCCCAGACACGAAGUCUGGAGGCGAGAGGGCGGAUUAAACAAAAAAAAAGGUUGGAGACCCCAGGUUGUUUUGGGGACGAGAGGAAUGUCUGGCCGGCUAGAAGAUACAGGAUUGGGGAAAGUUCUUUCUUCCAUAACCAUGCUUGGUCCUGUCAGUUUUGGCUGCUGUCGCUGGGGAAAUUUCAUGUCCCUUAAUCUGCUGGCCUCCUGAGACAUCGAGGACAUGCCACCUCAGCGAGAUCACCUACGAUAGGAUUCAUUGUACGUUUUAUUUCAUGUUUUUAAAAUGUAAGCGACGAGCGUGCACCGACUGACGAAGAUUGUUGGAUACUUUUGCAACGCCGGCAACCAAAGAUUUUUUUUUAAAGCGACCGAACAAAGGGAAGCGAAGGAUUGCACAAAAUAUCGGCGGAUAAGGAAAUAUGGCUUCGGUGUGGAAAAGAUUACAGCGUGUUGGGAAGCAUGCGUCCAAGUUCCAGUUUGUGGCCUCUUACCAGGAGCUCAUGGUGGAAUGCACAAAGAAAUGGCAACCAGACAAGCUGGUGGUGGUGUGGACCCGCAGGAGUCGACGGAAAUCCUCCAAGUCCCAUAGCUGGCAGCCUGGAAUAAAGAACCCGUAUCGAGGUGUGGUCAUCUGGCCUGUUCCUGAGAACGUCGAGAUCACAGUCACGCUCUUCAAGGACCCUCACGCAGAGGAAUUUGAGGACAAGGAGUGGACAUUCGUCAUUGAAAAUGAGUCGCCGUCCGGUCGGCGCAAGGCCCUGGCCACCAGCAGCAUCAACAUGAAGCAGUAUGCCAGUCCCAUGCCCACGCAGACCGACGUCAAACUCAAGUUCAAGCCCCUGUCCAAGAAGGUGGUGUCUGCCACGCUGCAGUUCUCCUUGUCCUGCAUCUUUCUACGUGAGGGCAAAGCCACGGAUGAAGACAUGCAGAGUCUUGCCAGCCUGAUGAGCAUGAAGCAGGCGGACAUUGGCAAUCUGGAUGACUUUGAGGAGGAGAACGAAGAGGACGAGGAGAACCGGGUUAAUCAGGAAGAGAAAGCCGCCAAGAUCACAGAAAUAGUAAACCAGUUGACUGCACUCAGCAGCUCGCACGAGGAACCCGACGACUACCUAAAGUGGCCUAAUAAGCCGACUGCUAAGUCAGCGAGUUCUUCUGAAGAGCUCAUCAGCAAACUGAACUUCUUGGAGGACGAUGACCAGGGUGACCGCAGCAUGGCCACCAAUCCCUUUGAAGACCGCGGGGACUCUGAGCUAAAUCCUUUUGGGGACCCAGACGAGGAAGAGUCCAUCUCCAAGCCCGCCUUCGUGGCCAGACAGAAGGAUGAGGAAAUCGCCUAUGACCAGGAUGCCACCAACCCGUUCAACGAGCCGGAUAUCGAUUCGUCACAAUACGGGAACCCCUUCGAUGAGACGGACCUAGAACCAGACACCUCCAAGGCUGAGCAGGAACCGCCAAAACCCAGCAAGAAGAACGUGCAUCCGGUGGACAUGAGCAAGUACCUGUACGCCCAUACUGCUCCGGCGGAUGAGGAGGAACUGGAUGAGUCCAAUCCCUUUUAUGAGCCCCGGACUUCUAGUCCAGCACAACCCAUGACCCCCACUCUGGAGGUGAAAAACAAGAGGAAGGCCCCUGUAGCCCCCGCAGUGGCCCCCACGCCCCCGACACCAAAUACACCCCCUGAGAAAGUGGCGGGUGGUCUUGCAGGAGUGAGGCAGGAGCUGGCCUCUUCCUCUCCCAAGCCAAGUCCCAUCCCCAGCCCCAUUCUGGGUGGAAAGCCCAAUGCCAGCCAGUCCCUGCUGGCCUGGUGCAGGGAGGUGACCCGCAACUACCGUGGAGUGAAGAUCACCAACUUCACCACGUCCUGGAGGAACGGCCUGGCCUUCUGCGCCCUGCUGCACCAUUUCCGGCCCGACCUCAUUGACUACAAGAACCUGAAUCCGCAGGACAUUAAGGAAAAUAACAAAAAGGCGUACGACGGCUUCGCCCGCCUCGGCAUCUCUCGGCUGCUGGAGCCUUCGGACAUGGUGCUGUUGGCCAUCCCUGACAAGCUGACCGUCAUGACGUACCUGUACCAGAUCCGGGCGCACUUCAGUGGCGAGGAGCUCAACGUGGUGCAGAUUGAGGCCAACAGCAGCCGCAGCACAUACAAGGUGGGCGACUUUGAGACUGACACGGACAGCUCCGUCGGGCAGGACAAGUUCUACGCCGAGCUGAAUGACCUGAGGCGGGACAGUGAUGCGCAGUCUGCCGGCAGCACCGUCGACGGGCCUGGCCAGGUCGGCGAGGAGUCUGUGCCGUUCAUCCCGGCUACGGCCGCGUCUCUGCCAACCGUGUCCGCAGGAGAGCCCAGUGUCGAGCGGACCUCCACUGUACCCCCGCAAAGCUCCGUCUCUGUCGUCGAAACUCCCUCAUCGGCCCCUCAGGCCAGGACCUCUGACCUCUGUGCCGAGCCCGUGCCGGCUCUUGGUUCCCUGGCUAGCGGCAGAGGGAGCGACGGUGCUGAUUUACCGCAACCCCAUCCAGUGCCAAGGAUGCCGAAGGGGGAGACCUUGGAUCAGGGAAACCAGCAGCCGAGGGCUGCGGAGGACAAGCCGGUUCCGGAAGUGACCUUUCCUGGGAGCCAGGUGGAGAGGGGGAGAGGGGGACUGGGGGAGGCGAAUGGCAAGGGUGCGGAGCCCGGCUCACCCGCCCAGAGGGCAGCACCGUCGUCGCCGCUAAAGCUGGGCCUCUCCUACAACAAAGAUGCCGAGCUUAUGAAGCCGAAGUGGGUGGGCCUGCAUCACAUGGGGGCGGAGCCUGCGGGUGACGGACAGGGCCAGGUGCAGCAGCAAGUCGACGGGCAGCGCAGUGCGCAGGAGGUGACGCCCGUCGCCGUGACGAAUGUCUCCGAGGAGAAGAAGGCGCAGUCCCGCCAGGAGGAGCUGAAGGAAAGGGCCCGGCUUCUCCUGGAGCAGGCUCGGCGCGACGCCGCCAUGAAGGCCAGCAGCAAGCAGCCGGGCAUCGCCACACUGUCCGGCGCCCCCCCACGGCCCACGCACGUUGUCGACGAGCGGGACGAGGAGAGGCGCCGGCAGCUGAGGGAGCGAGCCCGGCAGCUCAUUGCAGAGGCGCGGUCGGGCGUGCGGAUGGCGGAGCUGCCUCUCUAUGGCGACACCGGGGCGGAGAGGCUGAGGGCGCGGCUGCGGCCCGCUGGAGAUUUGGAGGAAAAAGGGAGUGCUGGCGAAGAACAGAAUAAUGUUCAUGAUGGGGAUGAGGAGGAUGAUGAUGAUGAUGCAGAUGCUGUUUUAGAUACUAACCCCGUGGAAGCUUCUGGCCUGUCCUUUGCUGAAGGGGAUGAUCUUACUAACCCAGACAGGGACUGUGUGUUUCCUGGUGCGCAGAAUAGCAAGCACAUAGACCUAAAGCUGAAGAGGCUUCUGGACGUGCGGUUGCAGACCGCGAACUCAACCCCCCCUGCGAGCACCACCCCCGAGCCAUGGGGCCUGGGAGAGGGACCUGAUUCCGAUGGCCUCCAGAAUAACGUGGACGAGCUGCGGGCAGAACGUCUGCGCAGGGCUGCGGAGCGACUGCGCAACCCGGUGGUGUUCAACAAGGAGUCGGCGGUCAGGAAGACGCAGCUGAAGUCCUUCAGCCAGUUUGUGGAGAGCAGGCCAGAGGUGAAGAAGCAGAAAUCGGUGCCUGAGGACUUGAAGAGGCCCAGCGAGGAGAGGGGCCCCACAAUGGACUUGGAGCGCAGGCCCACCGAAGACGAAGUAGUCCGUCCCCAUCACAAGGCCUUCAAAGACACCAGCCAGUACGUCGUGGGCGAGCUGACGGCCCUGGAGAGCGAGCAGAAGCAGAUCGACACGCGGGCGUCGCGGGUGGAGAAGAGGCUGCGGUACCUCAUGGACACAGGGAACAACAGGGAAGAGGAGGAGUCCAUGAUGCAGGAGUGGUUCACGCUGGUGAACAAGAAGAACGCUCUGAUCCGGAGACAGAACCAGCUCUCCCUGCUGGAAAAGGAGCAUGAUCUGGAGAGACGCUUCGAGCUGCUCAACCGGGAGCUGAGAGCCAUGCUGGCCAUUGAAGACUGGCAGAAAACGGAGGCGCAGAAGCGGAGGGAGCAGCUGUUGCUGGAUGAGCUGGUCAUACUGGUCAACAAGCGCGACGCGCUGGUCCGAGACCUGGACGCCCAGGAGAAGCAGGCAGAAGAGGAAGAUGAGCACCUGGAGCGAACGCUGGAGCAAAGCAAAGGAAAAAUGGGAAAAAAAGAAGAAAAAUGUGUCAUUCAGUGAUCUGUUCUGGGGGGGGGGGGCAUUUAGUUAAGUAAAAUGUAUCUUUAUUAUAAGUGACUAUUAAACACUUCAUUCAGUUAAUGACAACUCGAAAGUCCCAGUUAUCAGUCUCUCCCGAGCUGUGGAAUAAUUUCUGUCAAGGGAUUCAGGCAGACUUCCUUCAAGCCUUGUACCAAGUUUAAACUCAGCUCAACUUUUAUUAUUAUUUAAGUUUUGUUUGGCUUUGUCAAACAAGUGAGGUACUUCUUUUUUAAUAUUUACAGUCCCACUAGAGAUAUUUAGGGAGAGAAACAAAGCAGAAGCACGUAAAAAAAUGUAAAAAGUCUUUUAUUGCACUCGAAUUUCAAACGGAAAAUCGUUCGGUCUUGAAGACUGGUUUUUAAUGAGCGGUGCUUCCGUAAUAGUGCCCAACACGUGCUCUGCUAGCGAGUCAUCUUUAUCCAAAUGUUUAGGUACAGACAUGUCUUAUUCUUGAGGAUUCUUCCAUUAUUGAAAGGGGACACCGAAAUAUAUAUAUAUAUGUAUGUAUUUGUGGGUGGGGGGUGGGGUGGUGGCAAUUAUACAGAGGGAAUCCAGGCAACAUUCACAACCUGCAGCAGUAUAAGCGGCGUUUAUUGUUUCCAGGGUCAGUUCUGAUCCUUUGGAUGCAUAACCUAAAAUGUUUUUACCUGUACAAAGUCUUCAGGGUGUCAAAGUUGCAUUUAGGGUAAACCUGAUGGGUUUUUAGUUUAGUUUUUAGUCGUCUUUUUCUGUUACCCGGACUUGAGAAAUCGUUUUAAGAGAGACGAAAGGUUGACGGAAGUUGGUGAAAUGUUCGACGAACAGCCAACUAAUAUGUAAGGAAUAGCUGGCAAAAACGUUCUCUCAAAAAAAUUCAUAUUUAUUGCCCGUUAUCUCUACUCCGGUCACGUGUAAGUAACUGCUAUACAUCGAGACCAUGUACAUUUGCGCAAUGACUUCAGUUUUAUAUUUAUUGUACACUUUAAAAGAAAUAUGCUUUCAUGUGCAAAUAUAUUGGUUCACAUCUGGUGCAGCUGUCAUUUUGUGUGGUCAUUUACUUGUUUAUUUAUUUCACUGCCAUACCAGUCUUCAAUAAAAAAAGAAAAAAAAGAAACCCGCUUUCGUA